AUGUCUGAGGACAAGAUGUCCGAAGACUCUCUUGUCGUUACCUGCUCAGUUUCUCAGAAUUCUGACUCUUUUAUACCCACCUAUGCCCUUAUUGAUACCGGAGCCUCUGGAUACGCUUUUAUUGAUGAAUCUUUAGUAUGCCACAAUAAUCUCACAAUGACCCACCUUAAAGUACCUCGUCAGGUAGAUGUUAUGGAUGGGAGGCCUAUUGAAUCAGGAAAGAUCACUCAUAUUGUCAAUGUGUCGCUGGAUAUCCAUGGUCAUCGGGAAACUACAUCAUGUUUUGUAACGAAGCUGGGACACUAUCCAAUUGUGAUGGGAAUACCUUGGAUGAGACGUCACGAUGUUACCAUUUGGCCGAAGGAAAAUUUACUUGUUUUUGACUCUCAAAGCUGUUGUCAACACUGUUCACUCAGUGGAACGACAGUCAUUGUCCAUGGAAUAUCGAUCCCUCUACCGGAACAUCAUACUGUUGUCAUUUCAGCAGUUGAGAAAUCCACCUUCGAAGUCAAGCAACUAGUACCAAAGGAGUUUCACCAUCGUCUCCAUAUGUUCCAAGAAUAUGAUGCUUCAGUCCUUCCACCACAUCGGCCGUCACAUGAUAUUGAGAUCGUAUUGGAGGAAGGUAAACGACCACCGCACGGACCGAUAUAUGGAUUAUCCCAGGUUGAAUUAAAAGCACUACGGGAAUACCUUGAUGAAAACCUACCUAAGGGAUUUAUUCGGGCCAGUGAGUCACCAGCGGGAGCACCUAUACUGUUCGUAAAGAAAAGUGAUGGGACUCUCCGGCUCUGUGAAACCCUGGCCAAGUUAUCAAGAGCGCAAUACUACACCAAGCUGGAUCUACGUUGGGGAUAUAACCAAAUCAGGGUAGCCGAGGGAGACGAAUGGAAGACGGCGUUCAGGACUCGUUAUGGACAUUUCGAGUAUACUGUAAUGCCGUUUGGAUUAGCGAAUGCCCCUGCCACAUUUCAACACUGGAUCAAUGAUAUUCUACGUCCUUACCUCGAUCAAUUUGUAACGGCAUAUCUGGAUGAUAUUCUGAUCUAUUCGGAGACUCUGUCGGAGCACAAAGAGCAUAUUCAGAAGGUUCUGAAGGUACUUGAUGAGAAUCAUGUUCACCUUAAGCCUGAGAAAUGCGAGUUUAUGGUUCAGGAAACAAAGUAUCUCGGCCUUAUUCUCACCCCGGAUGGGAAUAGGAUGGAUCCGAAGAAGGUUGUCGACGUGUUAGAGUGGUCUACACCGCAGAACCUUCAUGAUGUUCAGUUUGAAUGGACGGAUAAAAGGGAGGAAGCAUUCCAGACAUUGAAAAAGAUGUUUACCACGGCACCCAUAUUAGCGCACUUUGAUCCGAAUCGGAAAAUCGUAGCAGAAACCGAUGCAUCCGACUAUGUUUCUGCUGCAAUCCUGUCCCAACGUGAUGAUGAAGGAAUUUUACAUCCAGUUGCUUUCUUCUCAAAGAAGCAUUCCCCUGCGGAAUGCAACUAUGAAAUCUAUGACAAAGAACUUCUGGCAAUUGUACGAUGUUUUGAGGAAUGGCGACAUCAUUUGGAAGGGGCACAAUUCCCAAUCGAAGUCCUCAGCGAUCAUAGGAACCUCGAAUAUUUCAUGUCAACAAAGUUAUUAAACCGUCGACAAGCCCGUUGGUCGGAAUUUCUUUCACGUUUUGAUUUCGUCAUUCAAUUUAGACCAGGGAAACAAGGGGCAAAGCCAGAUGCAUUGACUAGGAGGUCGGGUGACCUACCUAAGGAGGGGGAUGAACGGUUGACGCAUCAAAGCCAGGUGGUUUUGAAGCGAAAAAAUUUGAAUUCAAAGCUAAGUUUGUUCGCGGGUUCUUUUUCAAAUGAAUCCGCUGAAGGAAUGUCCACUGUAGAAGAGUUGUUUUUAAAUGCUUACCAAAUUGACAGUUUCCCGAAUAAAGUACUCGCGAUGCUUCGGAACGGCGUCCGUCACUCGAAUAAGAUCUCGCUUGCCGAAUGUACGGAAGAUAAUAACGGUCGGCUACUUUACCGUGGCGCACUCUAUGUACCGGAUGUCAACGACCUUCGGCUAAGACUUCUCAAAGAAUACCAUGACAAACUAUCAGCAGGACAUCCUGGUAGAGCGAAGACCCUAGAGCUUUUGAAUCGAGAAUACUACUGGCCACAAAUGCGAAAGUAUGUCGACCAGUAUGUUAGGAAUUGCAAUGUGUGUGCCCGUAGUAAGGCACCACGUAAUGCGCCUUAUGGAGUACUCCAUCCCAUGCCAAUACCUGAUGGACCGUGGACGGAUGUGUCAAUGGAUUUUGUCACCGAUCUCCCCGAAAGCAAUGGGUAUAAUGCGAUUCUAGUUGUGGUAGAUAGACUAACCAAAAUGCGACAUCUAAUACCAACAACUAAGGAGGUAGACUCGAGGGAAGUAGCGAGGCUGUAUAUCGAUAAUGUUUGGAAGCUACAUGGACUACCUAAUACCAUGGUUUCCGAUCGGGGAACUCAGUUCGUUGCAGAAUUCUGUAGGUCACUAUGCGAUCGUCUGAAAAUAUUACCAAAGUUCUCUACUGCGUUCCACCCUCAAACGGAUGGGCAGACGGAGAGGAUUAAUGCCGUGAUGGAACAGUAUCUUCGGAGUUAUGUCUCCUAUCAACAGGAUGACUGGGCUCGAUGGUUACCAAUGGCCGAAUUCGCAACCAAUAACUACGCUUCGGAAACAACAAGAAUUUCUCCGUUUUAUGCCAAUUUGGGAAGGAAUCCAAGAAUGACUUUCGGCCCUCUGGAACAUGAUAAGACGACAGCGGAAGACCAAGCAAAUACCAUUGCACGAGAGAUGAAGGAGAUACUAGACGUUUUACGAGCUGAAUUGUUCCGAGCACAAAGGAUUCAAGAAGAGUCGGCCAAUAUAAGUCGGACUCCAGCGCCCCACUAUCGUAUGGGGGAUAAAGUUUUCCUAUCGACCCGCCAUGUCCUCACCAAACGACCCUCGAAGAAACUCGAUUGGAAGCGUAUUGGACCAUAUGUCAUUAAGCGAAUUGUUAAUCCCUAUGCCUACGAAUUAGAACUUCCCCAUUCUAUGAAGGUCCAUCCUGUGUUUCAUGUUUCGUUACUGUCGCCGGAAGCCAUUGAUCCCCUACCGGGUCAGCAACAAUUGCCGCCACCCCCAGUCGAAAUUGAAGGUCAAGAAGAAUGGGAAGUCGAAGACAUUUUGGAUUCCAGAAACCGUCGGGGAAGGUUUGAAUACUUGGUAAAGUAUAUUGGUUAUGAUGAAGCUUCGUGGCAGCCAUUGUCGGAUGUCGAACACUCGCCCGAUGUCGUCAAACGAUUUCAUGAAUGUUACCCACGGAAGCCUAAGCCUACCAGGAGGUAG